AUGGUGUCGGUUGUUACGGCUGCGGUGUCGUUGCAGUGUGAAGACGUGGUUUUCUAUCCAAAGGAUGAGGACAGAAACUGGUUCAGGAAAAAGGACAGAGUUUCAAGUAGAUCUCGAGGUUUGAUGGAGAGAGCUAAGUUGCCUUUCAAGAAGUGUUUUUCAUGGAAUAGGCAAAUCAGAUCUUAUAUGAGGUUCAUGGUUGGAUAUUACACGAAGGAGAAAGAAACAAGAGAAAUGUUUGCUAAUUCUCCGAAGACAAGAGCUGCAUCGAGUUCUGCUUCAGCGUCUGUGUCAGGAUCUUCAUGUGGAGGUGAUGAUGAUGCUAGAAGUGAUGAUGAUGGUGGUGGAAGCUUUGAUCUUGCUGGGUAUUAUGAAAAGUUGUAUGAGCACUGGCUCAAUCUUGUUCAGGCAAAUUCAGAUUUGGCUAAGGAGAAAGCCAAGCUAGAAGCUCAAAUUGCUAAAGCACUUAAGUAUGCCUCAGAGAAAGAAGAAGAAGCACGACAGGCUGGUGCUCAACUUGCAGAGACUCAGAAGGGUUUGAGGAUGCUGAAUAAUGGUACGGAUCAGCUAGAUCAUCUUCUCAGUAUUGGGCAAAGUGAUAGAUGUGGCCUUGGAUAUCAAGGAGAAUGCUUUAAAGCUAGAGGUGUUGUUGCAUCAGCAGGAAAAACUAAGGAUGUAGGUACAUCUGAUACAAAGCUAGAGGUUAAGAGGUUUGCUAGGAAUGCAACAAAUGGAAAGACUGCAGUGAAGCAUGCAACUGAUGUGAAGAAUUUGACUGCUACGCGUACUGCUGCUACGAGUACUGCUACGGCGACUGCUACGCCAAGGUGUUUCAAGUUAUUGAGGGAGAAGAACCAGAUGGAGCAAGCUUAUGGUAUGAAGUAUCAUGGUCCUAUAUGUUAUUCUUGUGGAGUUCAAGGGCAUAUGCGACAUGAUUGUUUCAGGUCUGUUCAAGGAGCUAAUCAUGGAGGAUUUGGGCUCAAGAAUAAAUGGUCUAGGAGAUUUAAUCACUAUGGAGAUGGUGGGAUAGGAUUUCCUCCUCACUUUGACCAUGAUGUGACUCAUAGGGGGAGAUUGAAGACGUGGUUUUCUAUCCAGAGGUGA